CUUUCUUCUUCCACAACCACAACCACUUGCCAUUUCUAUAACAGGACAAAGUACAAAAGAUCACAACCAUGUCACCUCAGAUCCAAAAACCAGCACCCGACUUCGCAGGGACAGCCGUGAAAGAAGGUUCUUUCGAUGAGAUCAAACUUGCGGAUUUCAAAGGGAAAUGGGUAGUCUUAGUCUUCUACCCAAUGGACUUUACUUUCGUCUGCCCUACCGAGAUCCUCGCUUUCAACAAGGCCCUUCCUCAAUUCGCCGCAAUCGACGCAGAGGUCAUUUGCGUUUCUACCGAUUCCGAAUUCACUCAUCUCGCUUGGAGUCAGACUCCUCGUCAGGAAGGUGGUUUAGGACCUGAUCUCAAGUUGACCUUGCUCGCCGACCGUUCUCACGCCGUCGCCAAAGCCUACGGAGUACUCCUCCCCGAAGAAGGUAUAGCUCUCCGAGGAACAUUCUUCAUCGACCCCAAAGGUAUCCUCCGCGCAUCUCACAUCCACGAUCUCCCCGUCGGUCGUUCGGUAGAAGAAACCGUUCGUGUGGUCAAAGCGUUCCAAUUCACAGACGAACAUGGUGAAGUUUGUCCAGCAGGAUGGGAAGAAGGAAAAGAGACUAUUGAUACUAGUAACAAACUAGCUUAUUUCAGUAAGCAGUGAGCUUUGUCUUUAAUAUCUUCCCAUUUGCCGUUGAUCUUAUUCGUGGGAGUUGGACGAUAAAUCUCUUCUUUGGUGUUGGAUCUUGUGAAACAUUGGUUAGAGAGGAGAAUGAGGUUGGAUGUUGGAUGUGUCAAGGGAAAGAAGGGGAUACAGGUAGAUUUAGAAUUAAAGUGCAUGGAUGUUUAUUUGUUUUUUGUCAC